CUAUUUCUCUUUCUCUUCAUCGAGUGAUCGAUCCAUCGAUCGAUCGCUAGGGCAGAUCGAUGGCGCCGAAUGUUACCAGUCCAGCCGUGGACGGCGCCCUGGAGGCGGGGCUUUUGGAUCGCGAUGACAAGCACAGGCUGAGGGAUCACGGCGGCGAUGGUGAUUCCAGCUCCGAUGGCGGCGAGCAUGUGGAGCGGCACUUCAUGGCCGGGGAGAUCGUCCGCGACGCGGUGAUGGGCGCGUCGGAUGGAUUGACGGUGCCUUUCGCGCUGGCGGCUGGAUUAUCGGGCGCCAGCGUCCCGUCGCUCGUUGUCGUCACGGCGGGGCUCGCGGAGGUCGCGGCUGGAGCGAUCGCCAUGGGAUUGGGGGGGUACUUGGCUGCCAAGAGCGAGGCCGAUCACUAUGAGAAAGAGAGAAAAAGGGAAGAGGAAGAGAUCGAGCGCUCUCCUGAGACAGAAGCCGAAGAAGUUGCGGAGAUUCUAGCAAAUUUUGGUCUCAUGCAAAGCGAAUACGAGCCAGUCGUGGCAGCGCUGAGGAAGCGCCGGGACGCAUGGGUGGAUUUUAUGAUGAGAUUCGAGCUGGGAUUGGAGAGGCCGGAGCCAGGCAGAGCCAUGAGGAGCGCGGCGACCAUCUCGCUGGCGUACGUGGUGGGAGGGAUGAUCCCGCUCCUCCCUUACAUGCUACUCUCGGAAGUGUUUAUGGCACUCAAGGUAUCCGUGGGCGUGACGCUGCUGGCGCUGUUCGUGUUUGGCUACGUCAAGGGGCUCUUCACGGGGUCGAGGCCUUUUCGCAGUGCGCUGCAAACGACGUGUAUAGGUGCGCUCGCCUCCGCCGCUGCUUUCCUCAUUGCUCGGGCCGUGAGCAAGUAGACCAGGUGCUCGGUAGUCACUGGUAAUGGAAGUAACACGUAGAUUUCUGUCUGCCUUUUCCAAGCUGAUUCGAGUCAGAUUUUUCUCAAACCUCAAAAGAGCUAAUCACGCUGGAAAUGUGAAUUGCUUAGACCAUUCUCAACCUUUUACAAUAGUCUUUUUAAAAAACAAUGAGAGAACUUUUAAGGGUGGUUAUAGGAAUUCUCUCUCUCUCUCUCUCUCUCUCUCUCUCUCUCUCUCUCUCUCUCUCUCUCUCUCUCUGUCUAUUUGAUAAAGCUAAUGAAUUAGACAUUAAUUAA